CGCCAAGCACAAGAAACAAGAGAUAAGCCUUCUAAAAUAAUACAGGAAAAUAUUAUUAAUACACCUGAAGCAAUUAGACCAUAUCUUCCCUCAACAAACGCCUGUUGUAGAAAAAUUCAACGUGUAAGACAUGCAGGAUUACCACCUCAACUGCAAAACAUUGCCGAAUUCGAUAAUGAAAUUGAUCUCUAUCCUCCUAGAAUCAUCACCGAUUUUGAAGUCACUGCAAUAAAUGCAUCACGGUUUAUGUUUCCUGGAGUUAUAAAUAAGGCAUGUUUCUUUCAUUUGAGACAGAACAGAUGGAAGAAGAUACAAAAAUGUGGAUUAGCAAGCAAAUACAGAAAUGAUACAUGCUUUAGUAUCAAAGUACGAUGUUUGUUUGCUUUAGCUUUUUUACCCCCUAGUGAGAUCCCAAGCGCAUUCAAUAUUUUAAAACCACAAAUGCCUCAAGAGGCAAGAGAACUAGUUUUAUAG